AUGCCGAGACAAUACGUCUUAUUCGGCAAGCCACUCCCGCCAGUCACCACCCGGCGUCUGACCUUCUUGUUACUUGGCCUCUCUUUAUUUGCCGUUGCCCUAAUAUCGACUCUGACAUCCGGCGUGCCAUCAUCACCGAGUCUCUCGGCCUACGACACCAAGUUAUCCGUCCCUCAUGUCCCGCACAUGCCGCAUCUCAGUGGUUCGCUUUCCAAGACCUUCCUCAACCCCUUCCGACAAAAGUCACACCCGCCUCCGCAUAACGACAAAGACGAAUUUGCAGGAUCGUCCUGGCUGGCUGAUUGGACUUGGCUCAAAGUUCCCUUCUCCAGCACCAUAACUGUCGACGAGGACAGGGCGUUGCUCCCCCCAUUGAAACCCCGCCAGCCAGUGUACUGUUAUUACGAUGCGACGGCCAAGAAGACGACAGAGGAAAAGGACGCCGAGAGUGAGCUGCUCCUCACUUGGCGGCGAGCUUGGUGGGCGCAAGGUUUCAGACCCGUUAUCCUCAGCGCUUCCGAAGCCCUGAACAACCCUUCGUAUGAUAUCAUUCAGAGGCUCAAUAUUGAAUCCGAGUUCAAGGUAGACCUCAUGCGUUGGCUGGCCUGGGACACCAUGGAUGGAGGCAUCUUGACACACUACACGUUGCUGCCCGCAGUUGCAAAGGAGGAUUCUCUACUCGCGUACCUCCGUCGUGGCGAGUAUCCCCAUUUGACCCGGUGGAAGGAUUUGGGUGACGCGCUCUUCGUCGGCCACAAGGACCAAAUCAAGUCGGCCAUACAGGCAGUCACAAAUGCCGAUCCGGACAAGCUGUCGAAUGUCAAAGCCCUCGUCUUUGGGGUGCCUGAUGAAGUUAUCAAAGUUGAAAAGGCCACCACGUCCCUGGCCGCGUACACUCCUGCCAUCAUGGCCAAAAAGUACGCCAAAGUUGCUGACGAAAUCACCAAGCAUCGUGCCCGUGGGCUUGUCAGCCUCAACAGAUUGAUCACUGCUCAUUUGCAUGUUGCUUGGCAGAAUCGAUUUUCUGAUGGUAUUGAAGUCAUCAAACCUUUCCCGGACCACAUGAGCACCGUGGUCAGCAAUGCGUUGCAGCUGGCCCGGGAUCUGGCCUCAUGUUCAGAUAGCCCGAUGCCAUCAACUUGUCCACCGAACCUGCCAAGAUGUACACCAUGCGUUGCCACGUCACCCAUGCCAAUCACAACGCCGCCUGGAUUUCACAACGCGAGCAAAGUGUUCAGUAUUGGCACUGUCCCUCAUCCUUGGACCCUGACCCUGGUCAAGGAUUUGCGAGAAUCAUUCAACGUAUCCUGGAUUCGACACGAGUCUCCACGGGACUCGUGGAUUAAAACUGUCACGGAAGCCCUGCUUGGACCUGACGUCACUACUGCUCGCCGGCUGGUACGCCUCAAAGAAGCCGUAGCUGGCGACUAUGCCACUGCUCGUUCUCUAUGGAUUGCAGCUGAAAAGGAUCUACCUUCCGACAUGAGCUGGUAUUUUGGCUUCGCCAUUCCAAAGAAAGCACUGGAAAUGAGCCAGGGCGAACCUCCUGCCCACGCAGGCCGGCUGCCAGGAAAAGAAGUCAAGCGGCCCCACGAAAAUGACGGCCCAGUAGUCACUGCGGAAGAGAAGAACUCACAACAGCCGCUCAUUGACCAGGCCAAGAGGGUCAUUAGCUUGACCAAGUCCACUGACGAAACAAGGCUCCGCGCAUCCCUUGAGGCAUGGAACAUGGCCGAUACGGAGAUCUGGAAAUUUGUUCGGGCCUUUCAAUCACGCCGACACCAGGAGCGUGAGCAGUGGGAGAAGCUGGAGGCGACAUACAGCCGUGGCUCUGGGACUGAGCAGGGCCGCAGUGCUUGGUUCCGUUGGCAAGAUCGCAAGGGCAACGACGACCAGCCCAAGCAGGAGAAGGAUACGAAAACCAAGGCCAAGUAA